ACAUGAUUGAUGUCAUAUGGCAGCUGCUGCUUAUAUUAUUAUAAUGUAGGAUGAUUACGCAAGAAACGCCUAUCGCCUACCAUAAGAAGCCAUGUAUUGUCUACGUGCAAUAAAUCCUCUCUCACCUCUUCAUCACUUCUUAAGUAUAAAUUACCUUACCACGCCGCAGUAUAAAAAUGAUUUAUCAAAUUGGGAUGGAACACACAGGAACAACCCCAGAAGAAAUUCCUAUCAAAAAAGAAAAACCCCAGAAGAAACCAAAAAAACUAUUUUUUUAUUUAGAUUUAUUGAGGAAGAGACAUUAAAAAGUCCAUGCAUAGCAAACCCAUCCUCACCCUUUUCCCCUAAACUUCAGGUUCUCCCACAAACAUAUAUCUAUAUAUGUAUUAUAAUUUCUUUGUCUUUACAGAAUGCUUCCUAGGAUGAUUAAAAUUUUGGGUCAGUUCCAAGAUUUCAAUCUUCCAAUGUUUCAUUCAAACAUGAUUGUUUUACUUCUCAAUUGCGUAGUCUUCCAUGUUGAAGCACAAUCCUUAGGCAGCAGCACAGAUACUACUUCUGAGGAACAAUCUAGUUUUCAACCAGGUGUUCAUAUGGUUAUUGGUGUUCUCUCUAUCAUGUUUGCACUAACUUUUGCUCUCCUUGUCUAUGCUAAACACUGCCAUAGAGAAGCUCCUGUUUAUGGAAACAAUCACACGGGUACAAGACUUAUCAGCACUAGCUCUCGAUUUUCCGGUAUUGACAAGACAGUGAUUGAGGCACUUCCUUUUUUCAGAUUCUCCUCUCUUAAAGGGUCAAAGGAAGGUCUUGAAUGUUCAGUCUGCCUGUCAAAAUUCGAAGAUAUUGAAGUUCUCAGAUUGCUGCCCAAAUGCAAACAUGCUUUUCACAUUAGCUGCAUUGAUCACUGGCUGGAAAAGCACUCAAGCUGUCCUCUGUGCAGACACAAGGUUAGUUCUGAGGACCUAACAUUCAUUACCUACUCAAAUAGCAUGAGGUUCUUGUGGAAUAACCAAUCAGAGCACCGACAAGACUCGAAUAUAGAGCUCUUUGUUCGGAGAGAGGAAGAGCAUCGUGGUUCUUCAAGAUUCAGCAUAGGAGGCAGCUUUCGAAAAUCCGAAAAGGUUGUUGAUAAGGAAGAGGAAAUGUUAAUCCAAGAAGAAGCUGCUGAUGAGACAGAAGAGGGUCAGAAAAUCCUGCACAAGCACAAACACAAAAUUGUUGUGUCUGACUUUGAGUUUAAGAACAGAUGGAGCAACGUGAGUUCCUCUGACCUCAUGUUCCUGAACUCAGAGAUGCUUAAUACAAUGUCAAGCAAUAGAUUCUCUUCCGCACAUUUUAUUAAUGAGCAGUUUUCAACUGCGGAAACAACAGGGAAUGAGGACAUUAUGAAGAUUAGGGAGGAGAUGGGGAUGAAAAGAUUGUUUGAGAACAAAGUUAGUACAAUGAACAAAAACAGUACAGCUUCAAACCCAAUUUUACCUUCUACAUCAGAUGGCAUAGCAACUUCAGCUGAUGCCUCAAGUUCUAUGAAUCCAGGUGAGAAAAGAUCAAUGUCAGAAAUCACUGCUCUUUCAAGAUUUGGGAAUUUGGGUUUUAAGAACAGGACCAGGGAGCCUUCUUUGCUUGAAAACAAUUUGAAAGAGGAAAGGAGGAGGAGGCUUUGGUUGCCAAUUGCCAGAAGAACAGUCCGGUGGUUUGCCAACAGAGAGAAAAGGCCUCAACAGCCUUUAGAUGUGUAACAUGGAUCAAUGGAAGCUUAAAGUUUCAUAGGUUUUAGGUGGUUUUUGUUUAUAAGUUCAACAGGAACAGACACACACUUUGAAUUGAACACUGUUUCAUUUAUGAAUUCCAUAGUGAGCAUUUUCAAUUCUUAAGGAUAAUAUUUUUCUUAUCAAAUUUCAAAUACCAACUUCUUGAAUCAAUGUAAUGAUACAUUGCUGUUUGCUUGACAUAUUUAUAAAUUUACAGUUCCCACAUUUUAAAGUCA